AAACUUUCUGUAAUCAAGAAUUAGAUAAAAGGGUAAACGAAUACCCAAUCGCAUUUAGACAUUUAGACAUUUAGACAGGAUAUACCGAAGUAAGUAUGUAUUAUAAUAAUAAGUUUCGUUAAAAUAUAAAGAAAAUGAUACGAUCGUUAUAAUUUAUUUGAAAGAAAAGAGGGUAUUACAGAAAUCACUCGGAUGGCUCGAUUUGCAUUUAAAUGAAACUUAAAUUGUUCGAACUAAUAAGACGUUGUAGAAACAUUCUGUGAACGAAUGUAGAUACGUGAAUCGUCAAACGAAAAUGUCUAAAGCCGAUGAACGAAAAAGGAACAAAGACAAUCAAAAGAAAAGUGAAGAAAAAGAAAAUAUUGUACUUUAUUCAAUUAUUAAUUAACAGCGUAGCGUUAUACUUGCAAGACCUAAUUUUAAUUAUUUUUCUAAUAACUUUGAAUGAGAAUACCCAGUUAAAUCGUUAGAAAAUUCAAAUAGCUAGAAAAUUGAACUCCUCUAAAAAAAUUUUCCCAAAAUUUUAGGUAGACGAUACCUAUACAUAUUUCUUCGAGCAAAUACGUACCUAAUUACCUACUGACACAACUGUAUAAACAAACUUGAUGUUUAAAGUUAAAACUGUAAUGGAAGAGACACGAAAGCUCUGGAGGUAUAAAAAGUCGGAGCACUCAAUGGCUGCAUUCGCAGCAAAUGAAGCUGGUGGUUCUUCACGGUUCUCCUCGUCGGAACGUGUGACAAUUCUAUCGAUGCUCGAGGAGUAUACAAAUGCGCUAGCCAUUUACCAUAGUACGGUGAAAAAGCCAACGAGACAAGAUAACGAUAUCCUUGUUAACUGCAUUUCCUUCCAUUCAAAGUACGUUGUCGCACGUUUGCACGUCGACAGGAAUUUCAUUACGUAUAAAGUAUAAAUUAUAUGAAAUACUUUUGAAUAAUACUUUGAAGUUUUAGUCGUGAUAUUCCUAAUUACAAUUAUUUUGAUAGUAACUGAAAAGGUCUAAAAAUGUUAUAGUUGAAUUUCGAAUACCAUAAGGUUAAUAUCGCGUGGUGCAUCGCGUGGAUAUCAGGUAGUAGGGGGAUACUAAUAACAGUAAUAACGCCCGCGAUGCGCUAACUCGAUAAUAGGACACGGUACAUGUGUUAACCUAUAGAAAGCUUUUCUUAACAUUUUACCCUAACAUUACAACAGGUAGUAGCAUCAUCAAGAGCUAAAAGACGCAUAAUAAAUUCCAAUUGAUCCGAUCAGGUCUUUACACAUUCAUACAUGUUACAGAGGCUUGUUAACGUCGGAUGAACAACAGAACCUUGACAUAACUAUAAAUACGGAACACGCAGAAGAAGACAAUGUCCCUGAAAAACUUUACGAACAGAGGUUGGUGAAUUCUGAAUUAACAUAAAUAUGAUAACGAUAAAUUAAUAACACGUUAUAGCUUAUAUGUACAUACUAUAUAUCAGGAAAGUUAUGGAGAACUUGAAAGAAGAGAUUCGCGAAUACGGAACUUUCCAAGUGUUGACGAACGAGAUAGAACGAAUUACUUGUCAUAAAAAAGAAGAAGAAGCUUUGCUCCAGCAGCAAGAAGAACUGAGGAAAACCGUGGCUGAACUGCAGAAAAUAAUUGCCGACGAGAAAAUCGCCAACAAGGAAAAGAAGAAAUCUAUAUUGUACGAACUUUCCGAAGGACAGAGAAAUAUAAAGAAAUUGAAACUAAUUGCGGAUGCUGAAGAAGAAUAUGUUAUGGCUCGGGAGAAUGCAAAGUACGAGCAAAAUCAGUUACGUUGUGAUAUGGAGAUCAAAAAAUUAGAGAAAAUGUUGAACGAUUACCGUGUACAGGAAAAAAAUGAAGAGCGUGUACACGUUGAAAUGACGAAAUUUCUAAUUCAGGAAACGGCGUUGUUCGAAGAGCAAGCGAAAGAAUGGGAGGAACGGUACGUUCGAGAGAAAGAAAUCUACGAGAAGGAGAUUUGCCAGUUACGUAGUGACAUAGAAUCACGUCAAAAAGAGUUGGAGCAACUUAAAGAAGAGUAUCACUGUAACCAGGGAUUUAUAGAUAGCUGUUUAGCAGAGAAGGAAGCGCUUAAAAAACAAAAGGUACAGGAAGAACGAAUGCGAAAAAGCGCGGUCAAGAUCCAAGCUUGGUGGCGAGGUGUUAUGGUACGCCGGAAGUUGGGGCAGUAUCGGCCAAAAGAAAAAAAGAGAAAGCGACAAACUAAUCGUAAGGCGAAGAAAUAACUUUUCUGUUUAGCUUGCUCAGUCCAUCUCCUUAGAAGAGCUGUUGAAUAAAAUAAUAUUUAUUCUUCUUGGUAACUAAAAUGUUAACUUUCGUUUGUGUGAAUUACAAACAAUGUGUUUUUCGAUAAAAGCUUUAAAAUAUAGUAAAACGAUACAAUAAAAUUGUGCGGCAGAGGAUAAUUUACAACAACACUAAACACAGAAUUGAUUGACCAUAGAUAUGUAGUUUCAAAAGCUCAUAAUGACACUUGUUACUCUUUUCUGACUAAAUCUCUCCCAUCACUGUCGAUAACAAGCGACUGUGCAUUUUCCUUCAUAACAAAUUCACGAACUCUCUAACGGACUCCUACUCUGUUUGAAAGCAUGCAAGCUUACCGCCAUGACCGUGCGGCCAGCCACCUCCUUAGAUUACGAUACUUAUAAGCAGUGCACGCAGUCAAUGCUGUAUGUACAUAAGUACAUAAAUACAGAUGUAUUAUAUUUAAGCUCAUGUACGUACGCAAUGCCUCCUGACUCAGCUUUAUAAACUGUACAUUGUAAAUUAUGACACAACAAAAUAAAAAGAAUGAUUGUACAAUGGAGCUUACUUGUUUA